CAUUGUACCCCACACGUAGUUCCCACAGACAUGUUCUGUUCCAAAUGUCCGGAUGGCGACUAAAAGGGUUUGUCCAGGACUCAGAUGAAGAGGAUGAUGGUCUGGACAGCUUAUCUACCAAUUCUUCCUCACCAACGCCUCAAAGCAUCUCCGAUACACACGUCUUUCCCAAGCCACAAGCCGCAAGCUCGUCGCAACGCUCGAGAUGUUCCCAAGAUGCCAUUGAAUCCCCCGAAAAGCCAUACGGAACGCUGGUCAAUCCAGAAAAGCACGCGGAGAAAGUUGAACAACCGCUGGUCGCAUCUCCGUUCACCACACCGGCUCACCAAAGGAAACCCACUGAGAGUCCCGAUCCACUUCAAGGAUCGCCAACCCCGAAGCCCGCUCCUGUCACACAGCUUGCCAGCAAUGCGUUGAUAUCAGAUCGAUCGGGAGUCGUGGACACCUAUCCACGCCUUUCAGUCUCUGAAAGCGAUGAGGAUGAUCUCUCAGACUCGCCGUCAGACGUCGAUACGCCGCACCCAAUCCUCACUUCGCCGCAACGUAGACCAGAGGUCCAGGUGGUUAUUCCGCAGCCUUCGACAGCGUGGCUUCUGAGCACAACAGAGAGAGUGGGCCGUUCAUUGCGUGCAAGGAAGCCCAUACAGUUGCAUCCAUAUCUUCUUGAAGGGGAGAUGUACAGACGAGAAUGCCAGAAAAGAGGAAUCAAGCCUGUACCCAGACCCAAAUCUCCCGCGCGUCGAGCUCGUCACGAGGAAGAUGAAUCCCAAGAGCAGGACUUCGACCCGGUCUAUCAGAGCCCUCUGAACAGUCCGCCACCACGCCUGUUGUCCACACCGAUUAGAGGCGACCGGGGAGGUGUGCGUCGCCAUGCCCACUCGGCUGGUCGUCCACGCAGUGGCGGGAAAAGGCAGGCCCAUGGACCACACAAUGCUCCAUGGAGUCAGCCAGAUGUGCCUUCCGCGAAUGGUCGUAAGAGGCGCAAGCUGGACGCUGCGUUCUCAAUGAGCCCAGGACCAUCGGGCGGUGAAGUUAAUACGAGGGAUAGGCCGACAGCCAACGGGAUUGCGCAAGAACAUGUUGACGUAUGGGGCAUUCCAGACUCCCCCCCGGAGUCCAGCAGCCCAGGCGGUGGCAAUCGCACUUCCCCUGAUCCGGAGCUACGGAAACCUCCGAGAAUAGGGAUUGUGCACGUUCGCAGCCUACCUACACCUUCUGACUCUCCCGACAUGCAGGAAGAGGAUCCAGGUGCGGGAGCACCGAAUACGAGACGUGCCGGACGAUUCCGCCCCAUCGUCGUAUCCUCGGAAGACUCCAGUACCGACUCGUCAAUUUCUAGCCCCGACUCUGAGAGCGAGGCUGAAGCGCAGGUCAUCAAAAAGAAGAUCAGAGGUGUGCUUCCGGCGUCUUGGAUACGUUUUGAUCAGCAGAGACAACGGAAAAAGAAACAAAUCGCCAGGUCACAGAGCAACCAUGGCAGUAUUCCUGAACGAGAGGAGCUGCAACGAGGAGUAGCUCAACGAAUUCUGAGGCCGGCAGCGCUCCCACCACGAGCCUCGGCACCCGCGGAUCCGGAAGUUAUUGAGAUCUUGGACGCAUCGGACGAUGGAGAUGAUAGGGUACUGCCAGGAAAUCCUAAUGAUGUCCAGAAGGCUGCUCGAGAAGCUGCGGAACUGGCUGCACAGUAUGAUCGUCGUUAUGAUAUUGAUGACGAUCUAGCAAGCAUGGAAAACGACCGCCUCCCUCUCUACUCGCUCGGCGGGACUGCCAGUGGCCGGAAAAGAAGACAUCGUCAACUGAAGUUGACCGAUGCUUUCCCAGCCUCCAAAAGACAACGUGUAUUGAACGAUGAGCUCCGAAUCCCCGCAGGCUUGGGUAGUCGUAGAGGUGACGACGCCUUUCGGAGGACGCAGCAGAAAACUACCCGAACACGGAAGACUUCACGUGACCCGCCUGCUUUGAGCAUCAUCGACGUAGCUGAAUCUACAGCUGGGACCAAUCCAAUACCGCAAUUCAUGAAAAUAGCCAUGAGACGAGUCCGUCAACGUGCUGAUCAGGGUCGGCAGUCGCCAACAAACAAACAUAUACGGUUAUCCACAGCGCAGGAUACCGAAGACGCUUGCUCAAUACUACGGCAAUGGACGAAUGGGGAAAUUCGUCGGAGGCCGAAUGCAAGAGCGCAAACUGGUGAGCAUCCACCCUCCACAGUUCGAAAACCCCAUGAAAAAGAGAUGCGCUUCCCACGGACGCCCAUUGCCGCCAUUGCGCCGUCUGGAGCACCCCCGCCCAUUGGUAUGGAUCUCAUUGCUUUACGGAGAAAAGAAGAAGCCCUUGAAGAUGGCUCAAUUCUAGCCAGUACUGCCCGCACGCAAUUGCCAAAAAAGCAUUCCAAUACACCCCUGAUACUCCCGGCGAAAGGAAACCAUCGUUCUGUUGUCCGAAGACAGGCACCAAAUUUCCGGACUGCACAACUGGAGGGCCUUGAGUCAGAAUAUGGCAAAGGUUCAAGCAAUAUCCAGUUUCAGCGAGGACUGCGACGUGCUGACUUGUCAUAUAUGCCCGCCGCGACCCGCUGGGUACCAUCCAUAAAUCCCCAGCUUGCAAGAUUUCUAGCCCAAGAUGAGACUGCGCUUCUGUCUCCUUUACCCAACGAGGACGUAAGCAAGGCCAAAUUGGCCGAAGCUAUCGACAAGGACGUGUCAGCGAAGAGAACUCAGCAUCGUCGCCUCCGCAAGAAACGCGCACAGAGAGUAGACGUAGAGGCUAGAGAAUACAGACAACCAAGCCAGCCGACACCCAUGGAUUUGAUUGACAAUGAACCCGCAGCGCAUGACACAACAGCUGAUCACGCCGGUCUCGAGGGACUUGGUCCUUACGGGACCGUGUAUCCUACAUCCUUCGACAUAUCGCCACUCCCCAUUGGAACGUAUUUCCAUUCGGAGACUUUCAUCGGUCAGGAAGAGUUGAAACGAGCCUUACUCGUUUCACAAAGAGAUAUGGAUACGUUCCCCGGCCAUCACAUCUUUCAAGUUGGUUCUGAACAUGUCAGGUGCGGACCAUGGACGGACGAAACCUGGACUCGGAUUGCCUCAUCAUUCGAUUCCUCGUGGAGUGCUUCCGAUCCUUCCCGCCUUGCCGCAAUGUCGUCAACACUUAGGUCGCUGAUCAAGUACAUUAACACCAACCUCAGUUUCCUGGAUGCAAUCGACAGGAGAGACUUUGUGCUACGGAUGAAGAAUCUGCUGAGUUCGCAGUCCGAGAGAAUCCUAAGCAUCGAUUGCACGUGCGAUGACCCAGCUCGUCCUGUUGCGACGAAGAAUGAAAUUGUCCGCCCUUUAGGAUACAUUCUCGUGAUCAGCCUCCAACUUUUUCUGGUAGCACAGCACGUCGUUGUCGAGUCUUCUAUUCGUGAUCUCAUGGCGGCGUUCAUCUCAAGCUCCGCCAAAACAAUCAUACAACAUAUCAUCCGCCGUGGCAUUCCAGACCUGGGAAUAUUCCUGGAGCGGAACCGCAGCUUACUGGGUCGCGAGAGCGGUAUCCAAGAUAAGGAUAUACUGGUCGAGAGUGUUGUAAUAUGCAUGGUUACGCUGAGACACGCAGGCAUUCCUGGCUCUGGAUUUUGGGACCUUGUCAGCCAGGAACUGUCCUCUCUGAUAAAGAACACCAAGCAUGUGAAGAAGCUAGAUUCCGUUUGGGCAACUGUCUUCACUCUUCUUCCUUUCGUGGAGAUUGACGCGUCAGGUGUACUCAUUACGAAGCACAGGUUCGAACUGGCGAACGAGAACUGGGCGUUCGUAAAAGACAUUCUGCAGCAGGUUUUCUCGCUUUACCCUGCCUCAAAAGCCGAAAUGAGCUCCUCUCUGAACGAGUAUGUCAGAGCGAAUCUCAGGAGAUGUCAUGAACUCAUCAAGACAUGGCAUUGGGUGAAAUGCGACCCCAUGCUCACCACAGUGCUUGGAUUCUUCGCCAAGCGUCAUUAUCGUCCAUUAUCCGGGGAGGAAGAUAGAGGUUCUCCAACCUUCUUGCAAGACCUUGGGGAAGAGCCCCAACUAAGCCUCAUGCCAUGCGAUAGCGCCUUCCAUAUCUUUUUAAAGAGUGUGGCCUUGGGAGUGAAUGGAAUGAGGAAUGUGUAUGCGGAGAAAAUAGUCCGCAGUUUCGUAUCCCGCUGCAUUCCAAACCAUGAUCGAACUUAUCCCAAGGAGAAGAGCUUGGGACAGGACUCCUUGAAUGCAUUGAGGAACAACCAUGACCUUCUUUGCACCCUAUAUCGGGCGUCACCCCCUUCCUGCCGCCCCAAGGUCACAUUGCUUCGACGCCUGGUGGACCACGAAGGCUCCCAUAGGGAAGCAUGCCGUCUCAAUGUGCGGGCUUGGGAAAAUCUUACUCUUUUCCAAUUAUCAACCGGAGAACCAUACGAAGUCAUGCAACCAUUUGCAGAGUGGCAUAAAGAAAUCAUGGAACAAACUUUGAAACAAUAUCGAUUGGCAAAGACUGAAGCGGAUGAAUUCCUGAAGAUUAAAGACCACGACGGUUCAGCCGAUGUAGAUGCUCGAAUGGUACAGUUGACGAUGGGCAGAAAUCAGAAACAAGCCAUUGCCACUUUACGGGACUGUGUUGCUGGCAUACACCGAGCAGUGCAAAAGAAUCCAGGGGUCAUGUUCAUGAAGGAUUUUCUCAUCGACUCCGGCGUCGUUCAACUAUUAGAACUGAUUCAUGUGGAUGACCAAAGGUUAUCGAUAGUCAUACGCAAAACUCUGGCGAUGUUGCGCGUAUUCAUCUCUAGUCAAAACAAGCAAGAUCCCAGGCUUGAGAGCCAGUCCAACAACGAGGAGAGCCAGGACUAUGGAGACUUUCCAGACAUUGAGGACCUCGAGGAUAUUGCUCAAGAGAUGAAAGAACACCCUGUUCUCGACUGGAUUCAAUCCCCUCUUUGGCACCUGCUCUCAAAUGCUUUCGGCACAGAAUCUAUGCCAGACGACAACCUUCUCAUGGAAUGCGUUGACACGUGGGUCCAACUUGCUGUGUGCCAGGUCUCCAUGGGAUUGCGCUCAUGGUCCCAUUAUGUGGGUCCUUUCAGUCCAGUCUCCUGGCAGCAACUUCGCGAUACAGAACAGAGCCGGAAAUUUAGGCCAUACUUCAUGGCAACGCUGUUGCGCACGAAAUCCGCUGCAUAUAAGGAGCACCGUUCCGACUUCAUGGGAACACUACUGGUCUCUCUCGUUGAACGUGAGGCCUUGCUCAGGUUCCAAUACCGAUUGUUACACGUGCUUGUACAGUCAAGCCAGGAAGAGCCGCUUCUCAAGAAUAUCCCAUUUUACAGGGACAAUCGAACAGGCGAAUUUGAUAUCACGGCUGAUACCUUGAAGCAGCGCCGACUGUCAUUGUUGUCUAGCAUUCUGGCCAACAUGCAAGAUGACAUCUACCGAGCGAAACUUGAGGAGCCUUAUCGAGUCGCUGAACUGAAAAGGGAAUACGCCUCGUUACUCGACAGCAUGAUGUUGGCGAUGAAGAACAAUUACCUGCAACUGGGCCAACGCUCCACUGUCGCUGGCGCGUAUGUGGAGUUUGUACAGAAAAUUGUCCACUUUCUCAAGCAGUACAGUUCCGACAUCUGCACAGUCAACGCCUUCUUCACCGACUCCAUCGCUUUCCCUCUUCCAGCUACCGACCCUCAUUAUGUCGUAGGCCGCUUGUGCGGAUACGCCCCGAAACUGCAAAACCCAGGGAUCGCAAAGCAGCUGGUGACCUUCGUGCAUACUGUGGCUCAACAGGCCGCGAAAGACAACCAUGGCGAGUAUCUCGUGCGACAGCUCUCUACGGCAUUAACAAAUGAAGAAGACCCAUCUCUAAGCAUAUCCCCACUCCGCAGUCUCUUCCUCCAGGAUAUCGUACCAGCCUAUAUCGAGGUCGCCUUCUCCAGUGUAACCGGUUUCCUGAUUGCGAAACCCGUACUACAAUCCCUGAGAACCAUACUGAAAGUUCUACCCUUUGAGUUGCGUGUCAACGACGAUGCGAGCGUCGAGACCGUUUUCAAGAAUAUCAGCAGUAUCUCGUACGCCUUCAUCCGCAGCAUCGAAACGUUGAACCAAACACCCCCUCUCCUGAGCAAACCCCACGUCAUGCACGCCAUUUCGCUCAUGCUGGACGCGCUGGCCGCGGCGAUUCCGACACUGGAGUACAUCAUCGCCCGGGCACUGGGGGAACAGCGAAAACAUCCCAUUGUCAUCUACUGCACUAAAUUCGUGGCCUCUAUCAAAUCGGCCAUGACGGACAGUCACUCCAACUCAGAACUCCCGCCCACCACCGCAUUUCCCGUUUCCGACGUCCUGCGCCACCAACCCUCCGACGUUCUCACCUUCUGCAAUCGCAAUCUACAAGACGCGCUCAAGGCACAUUGGACGGAGAUGGGAAGCGGAGCCAUUUUUUUCGGGCAUGGCCAUGCGAGGAAAGAGGUGGUUGUUGAUGUUGGCUCGGAAGAGGAGGAGAUGUGGAGGUUGGAGAGGGCUGGGAGGGAGUUUUGCGAUGUUGUGCGAUGGGUUUAUGGUGACGAUGAGCAGGAUGCAGGGGACCGAGUUGGGGAAGGGGGUAGGUAUGCCCUUUGCACAGCGGAGGGAUGAACGGUGAGGAUGCAAGAGACUGGGGAAAUGUGAUGUUUUCGCGAAGGAUGAGCGAGGCAUGCAUAGUCAAGCCAUCGCCAAGACACAUUGGUAGUACGCCAUAUGCAGCCCUUUCAGUAGAGCCGGCAUGGGCGCGAUCUGAACCAAGGCUAUACAGCUC